AUGAAACUGUUCAUUGUUGCCGCUCUGUUCGUGGUCGCCGCCGUCGCCGCCCCGGUUAACCCUGACGCUGAUGCUCAGAUCCUCCGUUUCGACAAUGAAAACAUCGGUGUUGGCCCCUACGGCUUCGCCUUCGAAACCUCUAACGGGAUCGCCCAGAAUGAGCAAGGAGAGUUGAAGAACGCUGGCACUGAGAACGAAGCGAUGGAGGUCCGGGGACAGUACUCUUACCGUGGCGAUGACAACGUUGUCUACACUGUCACCUACAUCGCCAACGAGAAUGGAUUCCAGGCUGACGGCGCCCACAUACCCAAGGCCCAAUAA